AUGGAAGAGGACGAAGAGGAGGAGGAGUCCAUGGAAGAGGAAGAAGGACAAGACAAUGAGCCCAGAUCUUCAGGAGAUUACUGCUGUGAUGUUUGUGACCUUCGGCUACCCUCCAACAGAAAGCUGCAAGAUCAUAUGAAUCUCCACACAGGAGCACGGCCAUACUUCUGUGUUGAAUGUGGCAAACGUUUUUGCCAGAUGAGCACCUACCGUGCCCAUCUUCGCACACAUUCUCAAUCCAAAGUGAAUACAUUCCACUGUCGCAUAUGCCGGAGGCAGUUUGAGUCAGAGGGAGGAUUGAAGGGUCACCUUUCAACCACUCAUUUUGAGAACAAGUUUUAUGAAUGUGACCUGUGCAAGCGUAUCUAUACCAACCUGAGACGGUGUCAACAGCAUGUAGAGUGGCACAAACGCUCUCUAGCAAACUUUCAAUAUUUUCACAGCAAGAUGGACUUCGAGAUGCACAAAAAGGAUACGGGCUGCUGGGGGCAUCAGGAACCUGAAGGCAAUAAGAUUCGCUGUUUGGAGUGUGGUCAAAUUUUUGCCACUAAAGAACAGCUAAAAAGUCAUGCUGGUGCUCACCAGAGGGUACUAUCCUGUGCCGAGUGUGGAAAGGGGUUUCGACUGCUCUCAAGAAACGGGCCUCCAACAGCUCUCAACCUGCUGUGA